AUGCCUCAUCCGGCACACCACCCCCAAUCCCAACCCCAACCCCCACCCCAACCAAAGCCUAAUCCCAACCUCCUCUCCCUCUUCCUCAAACCCAUCAUCAUGCUCCUUCUCACCUCCCUCUUCUUCGUCUUCAUCGGCUUCGCCGCCUUUCUCCUCCUCCACCUCUUCCUUCUCGGCGGCGCCUUCCACCGCCUUCGCUUCCGCCCCUCUGCCGCCACCGCCUCCACCUCCAAGGCCCUCCCCCCUCGCGAAAUCAACAAGCUCCCUCGCUUCCGCCUCUCCCGGGCAUCCCACACCCUAACCGACGACUCCCGCUGCGUUGUCUGCUUGGACGCCUUCCGCAAUGGCCAGUGGUGCCGGAAACUCGCCGCCUGCGGUCACGUCUUUCACCGCAGGUGCGUCGACACGUGGCUCCUCAAGGUCGCCGCAUGCCCCACGUGCCGUACACCCGUGCGGUUCAGUGCCGGACCUCCUGUUCAUCACCCGACACAAGGUUCUGCUUUUGCCCAAUUUCAAAGCUGCGAAACUGACUCCAAUGUUCUCGCCCUUUUAUAG